UCUUAUGUUUAGUCUGGCCUGUGCCGUCUUGCUGCAAGGUGAGGUGUAGCUACGCGCGCCUGUGAGCCUUCAUAUUGCCUUCGUUCUUCUGUGACGCAAACGGAUUGUUUACUGCCGCGUUGUGUGAUAACGCCGUCUUGACACUCCGGCAUCCCGUUUGUGAUGUGAACUAGAUAGCCUCUAAAAUGGAGUGCUUGUGGAUACAGUGAGUUUUAUCAGUGGAAUAAAGAUAAAAAUGACUGUGCUGAGGAUUCCGAACGAGUUCGAGCACGUGGAAAAUACCAGACGCAGUGAUUGCAUGAAGGGAACACUUCGGCAAACAGGAUAUCCCGGGCUUUAAUGUGCGAAUUUGACAGGGUCUGUUUCCGUGGGAAGAGAGCUCGGUGUUAUGGUGGAAAGAGGAAAGAAGGGAGGUCGUUGAAGUAGUCUGCUCAUUUCAGAGAUAAGGGUUUUGCUGGGGAAAAGUUUUCAUUAGGUAGCGUUAAGAGGAAACCCAUCCUUGGGGUGUAUGUAAUUCUCGUACAUUUGAUGAUGUUUGAAAAAUAGAAUAUUGAAGCCUACAUUUUGCAUGUCUGUUUUUAAAUUAAUUUAAACAAAGUCGAUGUUGAUGCCAGUUCCAAGGACAUUUAAUUUUUGAUGGAUUAUCAAAUCACAGACGUCUAAAUUUCCUAAAUAUAUUUUAUAAGGAAAGUAAAACUGAACGACAGCAAACUCAGCGUCAUCGAGGGUAGAUUGAAACCCUUUAGGAUCUGACUUAAAGCCAGCAGAUGCCAAUUCAAAUUCAAUAAACGUUUUAUUCAAACUGAAUGCGACACAGGAGUCCCGGCAGUCCUACAGAGGAGAGACAACAUCAAGCUACAAUGAAGUGAAGAUCCUAAGCGACGAUCUUUAUAAGGGCGCAGUAGUAGGCGUUGGGGUGGUAGUGGUAUGCCCCCAGUAUGACACUCAAGACAUGGUUAUCUGGCGGGCAUGUGGCCAAUCACAAACACCACCACAAGGGGCCGGUUGACGUCGUCCUUCCUCUGGAUGUGAACGGUGCCAAACUUGGACUUAGUAAGGGCCUCACGUCAUUGCCCAAUGGUGACGUGACCCUAAGAAGGGGCAUGAAGAACCCCUUCUCCACUCUCACGAGAACUGGAGGAAGAGAAUGGCGAGUUCGCAGCGUGGAAGAUGUUGUUGAUGCUGAAGGGGGUGACUACGGGUUUCUUGAGUACUACGCCCUACGGAGGACCUCAUCGAGGGAUACUGCCUUGACUGAUUCUAAAGCAGCCUUGACAUAUGGAACGUGGAACCGACUCAACGGCUCUUGGGGGCAGUGGGAUGUUCCCGGAACUGCCCAAUUCUAUCCGGGAACACUCAACAGAGGUAGUAAAUUAGAGCAUAAGAGGAUUAGUGACUACAAUCAUCGUAAUUAUCAGCUGGAUGAAACAUGGCGACCGGAAGAUAUGCGAACUUCCACCCCUCUGUCGACAGCUGGAGGAGCCGACACCCAGCCUUCCUCAUCCCUACAGCAUCAGCACAUACAACAACAAAAGGUGGAAGAAGGGGACACCAACAGGAGGCCAGUAGUGAAAAAGAACUCCCUUCUUUGGCGCCUUAGGCCAGACAAAUGGCGCGGGUUUGAUGGUUCUCUUCGUCGAGCCAGGAGUCGUGAUGAUGGGCUGGAUGCUAGUCGUGUACAAAGAAAAGGGGAUCUUGGCGCCUCUCAGCCAGAUCUUUUAACAUCUCAUCGGGCCCCGGGAGAUCCUGUACCUUUUGAAAUAGGUUCACCUCCACCUUUUUCCAUACUGCCUCCUACUACCCGGCGUGCAGCGCACAGUGAAACCCUUCCUCGACGGUCAAGGCACUCCAGCAAAGAGAAUAAUGGUACCAGUACCCUGCUGGCCAAAGGGCGUCGAUGGCUCAACGGUGCUAGUCUUGGUCGGGCAGACCACUCAAAUAACAGGGGAAUCUCUGAGUUAGUGGUCCAGCCUGAAACUAUUGACCCCCAAAAAUUUACACCAAAUAAUGUUAGUUCCUUUUCAAAUAGACAGAAAAACCUCAAAAAUACUGUAAAUAGUUUAACACUCGGGGGUCACCGAAUUUAUAGCAAUAUUGAAAGGGAUGGCUGGGAGGAAGAGCUUUGGAGGAGAGGAAGGCCAAGGUCCAGAAGACCUAGGACUUUUUACCUCUUGGAGGAUUACCUGUCUCCAGUAAGGACUCUCGGUGGCAUUCCUCCUGCAGGUGUUGUUUUAGAUGAAUAUGUUGGUCGUGCCCCAAGGCUGGUAUUCAGGGAAAUGUCUCGGGAAGAUCCUCAGAGGCCUAUACCACCUACACCAGAAUGGGAUACUCCAUCCCUGUCACCCCCUCCCUCUAGUGUGUUAAGCGGACACCAACCCAUUUACCAGACCCACCACUCCCACAUGGUCAGUGGGCGGAGUCUCUUCGUAGAUGCCAUCAUCCCUUCGCCGAAGAAUGACAGCUCCCAAGUAUAUUCACCCGUGUUUUCCCCGAGGGACUCUGGGUAUCCUCGGUUUGUGACCCCCGAACUUGCUCUUCCAGAGCUAUCCCUUCCGGACAGAGCACCUCCUCCAAUCUCAGGACUUCCUCAACCUACCCAUCAGCCUUCGUAUAGUCACUCUUACAGGAGUCUUGAUCGGGAUGAACGUCGAAGAACGAAAGACAGUCUUAAGAGCCCCGCUCAUCACCACCACCACCACCACCAUCACCACAAGGAUUCGUCAUUACACAAACUCGGCCGGAAUGCCACCACCACUCGGCCGCCUCUGUCCAGCAAGCUUCGACAGAACGGCCUCAUCACAGCUCAGAAACUGCCAGUUCUGACCAACAAGAGCAGCUCGUCCUCGCGAGUGAACCUCCCGCACGAGUCCUCCUCCAGAGCAGGCAACAACCUCUCCGACGGAGACACCGGAGGAGGCGGCAGGAGUCGCGAUGGAGGCACGGGUAGCGGCGGCGGCGGCUGCGGCCUCGGCGUCACCGGAGUCGCGGCAGGAGGCGUCGGAGUUGGCAACGGAGGCGGCGCGGGAUCCCUGCCCGUCCUGAACAACAACAAAGGCGAGAACGCCAACGACUCUCCUAGGCUGAGUCGCCUCCACUCCAGCAAUAACAAGACCUCGGGAUCGCACUCCACCGACGCCAACGGACACUCGCUCCCGCUGUCCCCGCAAGAAGCGCUGAAGCUGUACAGCGACCAGCUGACGGAAUACGAGAGGCGGGAGAUCGAGGCCUAUCCGGAGAUCUACUACCUGGGGCUAGAUGCCAGGAAGAUCCAUGGAGAGGAGGGCGCUCAACUCAACGGCGGUUACGACGAUGAGAACGGAAGUUACAAUAAGGUGAUGCAUGACCACAUCAGCUACCGGUAUGAAAUCCUUGAGGUCAUCGGUAAAGGAUCCUUCGGUCAGGUCAUCAGAGCCAUUGAUCAUAAAUCUGGAGAUCACGUUGCCAUCAAGAUAAUCAGAAAUAAGAAGAGAUUCCACCACCAAGCUCUGGUAGAAGUGAAAAUCCUAGACCAUCUGAGACGUCGAGAUGGUGACCACCAUCACAACAUCAUCCACAUGCUGGACUAUUUCUAUUUCCGAAACCAUUUGUGUAUUACUUUCGAGCUUAUGGGGCUGAACCUGUAUGAGUUAAUUAAGAAGAACAACUACCAAGGAUUCAGCCUGAGCCUUAUCAAGCGUUUUGCCUUCUCUCUGGUACAAUGUCUCAAGUUGCUGAGCAGGGAGAACAUCAUUCAUUGUGAUCUCAAACCCGAGAACGUAUUACUGAAACAAAGAGGAAGCAGCAGUAUUCGCAUCAUAGAUUUCGGAUCAUCCUGUUAUGUCCAUCAGCGAGUGUAUACCUACAUCCAAAGUCGUUUCUACAGGUCGCCCGAGGUCAUCUUGGGCCUUCCUUACGGCCUGCCCAUCGAUAUGUGGAGCCUAGGAUGUAUCCUGGCUGAGUUGUACACAGGAUACCCCCUGUUUCCGGGAGAAAAUGAGGUUGAACAACUUGCUUGUAUCAUGGAGGUUCUUUCGCUGCCUCCACAUCACCUCCUCAUUGCAGCCUCCAGACGUAGACUCUUCUUCGACUCCAAGGGCAACCCUAGGUGUGUGACAAACAGUAAAGGAAAGAAGAGACGCCCCGGCUCACGUGACCUGGCUUCCGUCCUGAAAUGUUCAGACCCGCAUUUCGUCCACUUCAUUGCACGCUGCCUCGAAUGGGAUCCCAGCACCAGAAUGACACCCGAGGAGGCUCUACAGCAUGAAUGGCUCCACUCUCCCCUCUCAUCCAACAUCUCCUCUUCAUCCACCUCAUCCACAUCCACCCAGGCGGGCACGGGAGACCGCCGGGCGGGUGGAGUGGCUAACGGGGCCAAUGCUGGGGUCCCCAGGCGACCUGGGCCCAUCACUCAGGAUUCCACCGAGGAUGAAAACUUCACUCUUUAUACGGUCUACAAAGGCAAGCGCCAUCGCGACGCCAGCGCCACCGUGGGCGAAGCUGGAGCCAAGCAGGAGACGACGACGACCUCCAACGCCACCAACACCAACACGACCAUUACUACCUCCAACUUGGGUGUCAACGGAAACCACCCGGAUGGCACCUCCGCCGAGAAUUCCUUGGACGACUCCGGCACUUUCCUCCCACCCAUUCUCUAAAAGCUCCGCAGAGGACCUGGCCCCUAGAGGAGGAGGAGGAAGAGGACGGACUCUUGUCGUAGUCGUCGUCAUCGUCGUAAGGGACCCGCCGUUGGUGGUGGUGUUUGUGCUUGUAGGAGGAAUAAUAAUAAUAAUGAUAAUAACAAUAGUUAUCCUCCAGUGAAGUAAAAUGUUAAAGGAGAAGAGAGUUUUUAGAUGUGGCUCCUAGGCUGACUUGUGUACAGCGGAAGGAAACUCUUUUUUGAUUCAUCCUGAGAUCUAUUUUUUUUUCGGUCAUUUCUAGCCCUCGGGGCGAGAGGGGGGGAAAAUGGCCCUGGUGCAACAGAUUCAGUGAUAAUAAUGAAAAUGUUAAUGAUACGUGACAUUUUUGAUGAAUUAGUGUUCGUGGUGUACAUGUUAGUGUGUGUGUGCAUAUACAUGUAUAUGGAUACAUGUACUGCGUAUAUAUAUAUAUAUAUAUAUAUAUAUAUAUAUAUAUAUAUAUAUAUAUAUAUAUGCAUGUACAGUAUGUAUGUAUAUUGUAUAGUAAUUGAUCGGUGAGAAAACAAGUAAUAAUGACGUAUGAAAUCUAAAAUAUAUCCACAUAAUAUCUGAAUGGCAUUGUAUAAAACACAUAAUACUUAUGCAGUGUCGGACUGAACGCGAGAGACUUUUAUCUGUAAGCCAAUGGAAUCCCAAUGUGCCCUAUGCUCUAUCUAGAUAGAAAGGUGUAGCUAAGGUCAUGUUAGGUAUGGCAGAUUAAUCCCGCCCUUUUUUUUAUUAUUAUUAUUUUAUAGUUUUCCUUCGCAUAUCUUAUGUCUUUGUCUGAUGUCUUACUUGUCUGUGCCAUCUCGUUCUUCUUCAUUGUCUGAGCAGUAUUUAGUCAUGCUUUCAUCUGCUUAUUUUUUUUUACACGUAUUACACGAGUGGUUUCUAUUCAGUGUGUUUUCGUCUCUCUCUCUCUCACCCUAGUUUUAUUUUUUUUUUUUUUUUGUCACAAGCUUCUCACUUGCUUCACCUGUGGAUACAUUUUUUUAUCCUCAUUUUACAAAUUCUCUUAUGUUGUUCUCUGUUCUGACUAUUCCACAGUUGACAUACUUUUUUCCCAUUAUGCUUUUACCUUUUGUUCUUUUUGUUGAAAUUCUUAAAUGUUAAAGCUCUGCUUCCAUUUUUCAUACUCCUUUAUUGACCUGUUUCUCAUUUUUCAUUUUAAUCCAGUUUCUUACAAGACUGGCAAGGACCCACCCACGAGCAGAUCAUGUAAUGACUAAUGGCUGAUAAUUCCAUGGCCUGAAGAAUCAGCUGUAUCGCUGGGGAAAAAUAUAAGCGCAUAAAUCAUAACUUGUGAUUUGCCAACUUUGCUUCGACUCCUUUUGGUCAGUGAGAAAGCAACAGCCUUUAGUCCCUAUAAGAAAUGUCUGCUUGGGUGGAUCUUCUCGUCUCCCCUUCUGACAGCUUUAAAUAGUUAUGGUUCCUCCUUCUAUUUCUUGUAUAAUGGCUGACCUCACAUCCAUCUCCCAAUAAAUAGCGAGUAAAUAUAUAAAUAACAUUAGAGAUUUCGAAGAUGUACAAAAGAAUCUAGUGACAUGAUGGUAGCGAUUUUUAACUCUGAAGAAAUGCUGGAAGUUGUAGUGACGAUAAUUAUUAAGAAUAACAAAAACUAUAAUUUAAACCGAUUAGUUUGCGGGAAUUUAAACUAAAGAAAACCGAAUCUAUUUUUUGUGGCGAAAUCACUUAUUAUAUUUUGAUUCCUGAAACACAGUGUAGAGGAAACUACAUCCCUUCUAAACUCCUACCUUCCUUAACCAAGCCUUGAAGAGAGAGAGAGAAAUUCCUCGCUUUUUGCUGGUUUUGAGUAUUAUGAAAUAAUAUUUCAUAAUAGCGAGCUAAGCCCAAUAUUUUCUGCAGUUUUCUAAGUCUGGAUAUUUCAGUACUACUACAUUUCGUCUUUCAUACAAUGACACACGUCUUUACGAAAUGAACAUGACAACCUUUCAUAUAUGCGCAUGCUCAGUCUGCUUGUCUUUCUGUCUGUCUCUCCAAGGCCUGGGAUAACUCUCUCUCGUGAGACUCAGCCUUAUCAUGGCUCUGUGAUAGCCUAUUUUUUACAUAUCUCUUUAAAUUCAAAGCCUUACCAAAGAUCCACCAAAGAUGUCUCUUUCUUUUUUUUUUUUAUCUUAGUCAUGACUUUUUAUGAAUGCUGAGAUAGGAUCCCCUCCCUUCCUUUAGAAGUCUGUAUAAUCUCUCGCCUCGCCCCCUUCCCUGCCCCCGCUUAUAUGGGUCUCCCGCAGGUUUUGUCGUACUGGCUUUGUUCAGGAGGAAGUUCUUUUGUGUGUUGAAAGAGUAUUUGCAUAAUGAUUUUUAGCUUAUGAACUCAUGGAUCCUUCCCAGAUGAUUUGCCGGUGAAUUAGUGAUAUCCUGUGAGUUUCAUGGAAGGAAGGAGACUAAUUAGGCUAGAUCCUAUGGCUCUAAGAUUUGUGUCCCCAUCAACAGCCCUCCGCACAACCAAGGAAGCAUAUCUUUGGCCAUAAAAUGAUAGAAUGGAUACCAGCAAGACUUUUCAUAAUUUCAGUGUCAUUUACAACCCAUCCAUAAUCUGUAAGGAAGAUGAGCUUAAGAUGUCGAUUCCUGUUUCAUAGACAGCUAUGGUUUCUGUGGACUCUUUUCGUAAGUCCAGAAAAUGUAAGUAUUACAAAUCAAAGCAUUCUUUUCAUUUAGAACGAAGUGACCAAAGAAGGACUUCGUCUAACAUUAGGAUUUUCACAAUACUGUGACAUUUCUUUGAUAUCUUCGUUCAAGGUUUCUGUGUUUUGAAGUUCAUGCAAUGCAGCUGAAUGGCAGUUGCUUUAUCCCCCUUGUCCUAUGACAGUGCCUUAGCACAGUCACUACCCAUUCAACCACUUUUCCUUUUUAAUUCUGAAUUAUUUCCCAGAACUCUUGUCGGAUAACUACCCAUUCAACCACUUUUCCUUUUUAAUUCUGAAUUAUUUCCCAGAACUCUUGUCGGAUAAGGACAUACUAAGAGGCUGGCAUUGUCGGACGCUAAAUACUUCAGUGGUACGACAAGUUGGGGCAACCAAAGCAAAUGAAGAUGGUCGUUAAUUAUCCCUUGAGCAGUCUCCUUGUACGUUUUUGGGUUCUUUGUUUUUAUUGUCUGUUGUGCCUCUUGUGGGGCGUUCGCUGGAAGCUAUCCCUUCCAUCGUCUUGUUUCCGGUGUCUCAGACUCAUUUUUAAUCAGGGGAACCUCCAGUGAUCGACGACAUUGUCAAUUUCGGUUUCAAUUCUAUGACUUUAUUUUAAUUCCUAGGAACUCUGAAUUCCCAAACAAUUACCCUAAAACCAUGUUUCGCAAUCAGAUUCAGUGUAAUAAAAUUUUCAAUAAUAACAAUAAAUAUAAAUUAUUUGAGAAAUUUGUCCAUCGGUUUCCAUUCCAACUGCAGUGGCGGGGACUGUGCUGUAAGUCUUCUGAAUUUUCAAGGAAUUAUAGUUAAUUCAUAUCAGUAUGAUGAAUUAAGGUUAUUAGAAUGGAUUUGAGCCUUCUAGAUGAAAUGACAGUUUUAUAAGAAAGAAAAAUCCAAAGUAUCAGUAUUUUUUAUGACAGUUCAGGCAGCCUUCUAGCUGGAGGAGAGAAAGGAGAAUAAAUUGAUGAUUUAUUCAGAAAGAAAAUAUUACUCUAAGAAAGAGAAUGUUGGCCAUGUGUAUUCCUCUCAGGUUGGGACAAUAAUGGUCUGUUUUUACCAGGAAUUAUUUGACCCUUUUGAUACUACUUAGUUUUCCAUCUUUGAAUGCUAAUCUUCUACAUAAAACGCUAGUUCCCAAUUGAAAGCUAAACUCCUUACUGAAGGAUAGUUCCCUUAUUAAAAGCUAGUUCCUUCUUUUGAAAGAUUAUUCCCUAAUGAAGAAGCUAAAUCCCCGUUUUUGAAAAGUAAUGGUCUCAGUGCAAGUUAAUUCCCAUAUUGAAUCCUUACCCAUUUGAUUAACUCUUAUUGUUAACUAAUAUUCGUUUUAAAACUAUCCAUCAAAUUGCAAGUUAAUCUUCCUAUUGAAGUCCUGAUCUCUUUGGAACUUUAUUUCACCUGGAUGUCCGAUAAUGAACAGUAAUUACAAGAAGUAUAUAAUUAGAUCUGUUCAAAUCGUUCAAGGUUGAAAGAGUGCCUUGUUUACAUUCCAGUAGCAAGGUGCUGACACUUUUUCGUUUUUGUUAAUCCUCGUGUGGGAAUUCUUGUCACUGAGUUAAGACAUGCUCAAGGAUAAUAUUAUAUAAUAACUGGAAUCAGACUGUAGAUGAUUGAAAAUGAAGAAGCGUAAUAGAAAUUUAACCGUAAUAAUAGAGUUAGUGAUGUCAAAUUGUCGUCUAGUUAGACUGGCAGAAGAAAAAAAUGAAUUUUUCCUACUAUAUAGUCUAUUUUAGCUACAAAUGUUUAAAAUACUACUGUAAUUCUCUAUAGGAAAACUAGUUAUUUUUUUCGCGAGCAACAACAGUACUCUUGACCCACGAGGUUCCUUUUUUUUUAUCAACUUGUCAAUAAUGGCAGAUUCUGCCGGGUAUUUCUAGACUUGAUAUUUACUCAUCCGUGGCUUAGGAGUCCUGUUUUUGCUCUCUCUGAUGUAAACACUCUCUAGUGAUAUGAAUGGCCUCAAGGGCCGAUUUACUCUCAUAUCCAAGUAGGACUACCAACCAUACCUCCCUUGUAUGGCCUGGCUCUGCAGUGCUUCUGGGUUCACUGGAUAAGUGGUCGGUGAUUGCAAUAUUGUGAGUACAGUUUUUUGUGCAUUAUUUUGCUGUUAUUCACAUAUUUAUUUUUCCGUGCAAUGCAAGAUAUCGUUGUGCAACAUUGAAUGAAGAGAAAAAAUUCAGUCUGUAAACCACUAUUAUAUUUCAUAACUCCUACAGAACAAAAGAAUUAAUUUAAGCUUUUUUUCUACAGAACAAACGAAUCAAUUCAAGCUUCUUUUUUUUUUAACCUUGCCAUAGAAAACAAUGCGUUUGACAUUUAUGAAGGUAAAAGAGCACACUUUAACUAAAAGUCUCCUUCAUUUUGACCUGCUUUUGCAGAUAUAUAUUGCAAUUUGAUUAAACAUCAUCCAUCAUUAUUUUGCCUUGCUGUAUCUUCACAAUACUUGUUGGUCUCAAAAAUUUCGUGAUUGAUUUCCGAGAUGAAUUUUGACAGUGGAGCUCAGUACCUCCAAGAUUAUGCACGUUGGUGACCUUGCUUGGAUAUGAAUGCGGGUUUUAUGUGAUUUAUGAUUGCUAAAACUGUCGUUUAAUUCAGUCUACAUAUUUUUUUUCGGUAGCGCUCGAGCUUUGAUUUUACUAUUCCGGCAACUAUAUUUUGAUUUCAUUCAACCUUUUGAGAGUUUAUAGGUGAAAAAAAAAAGAAAAAACAUUGGAUGUGGUAUCAAGUUCCACGUGUUGCAGAUUAAACAUUCUUGAACUGUUCAAUAUUAUUUGAUAUCUCUCAUGCGCCUAUAGUCAUACAUACAACAACAGGCCUACUCCUUUUUUUUUAUUUUGUAUUUUUUAUAUAUAUAUAGAUAAGAAUAUGUACACUUCAAAAGUGUUAUGUACAUUAUGAACAGGUAUUUAUUAAAAUGGUCUAAGGAAGAUGUAUAUCUUAUACACAACAUUUUGGUUCGCAAAUAUAGUGUAUAGUUUGUGUUUAUGUAACUUUUCUCUUUUGUCUAUGUUGUAAUGUAUCAAAUGUUAUUGUAUAUUUAUUACAUUUGACCUGAAUGAUAAGUAGACAAUGCUAAAUAAAAAGAAACAAAUGAAA